GGAAGAAGCAAGCUUCAGGCAGCAGUCGAUGAUCCCAAUAUACGAGUACAUUUAGUGCAAGUAGUGUUUACGGUCAACUUUUCUCCAGAGGAUUGGGCGGCUGAAGGCAGAUAGAAGAUGAUAGAUCCAUCUUCAUCUGAGGAAGACAGUGAAGAAGAACAUGGACCCGGCCACCAUGUGGGGCACCAUCCGCCAUCCCAUCACCAUCAUCACUCGACUGCUCAUCAACACCCAGCAGAAUCAUCCCCAUAUCAUCACUCGCAUGGGUCGGAGUUGGGCAGUGGGAACCUCGAGGUACCCAAUAACACAGCUGUUGCACAGCGUUCAUUGUCACCAUCUAGUGCCGUAUCGGCUGAGACGCUCAGCCACAGUAUGGGGUCUUCCAGAGCAAAUUCCUUACCCCGACCCACGAGUCCAUCGCCUUCAGUUGCCUCAGAAAAAACCGAAGUAGAUUUACAAGAGAAACAGGAGCGAGAGGAAGAAGAACGAAAGAGAAGAAUCCAACUUUAUGUUUUUAUAUCGAGAUGUAUAGCCUAUCCCUUUAACGCGAAACAACCCACUGACAUGACUCGCCGUCAAACCAAAAUUACAAAACACCAAUUAGAAACUAUCGUCAACAGAUUUCAAAGUUUUUUAAAAGGCGAAACUCAAAUAAUGGCGGACGAAGCCUUUCAGAACGCUGUACAGAAUUAUUACGAUGUUUUUUUAAAAUCUGAAAGGGUCGUCAAGAUGGUACAAUCUGGCGCUUGUUCCCAUUACGACUUCAGGGAAGUUUUUAGAAAUAAUAUAGAAAAGAGGGUAAGGUCUUUGCCGGAAAUGGAAGGUUUGAGUAAAGAGACAGUCUUUACGUCGUGGAUGGCCAAAUUCGACUGCAUUCUCAAAGUCACCGACGACGAUUCUAAGCGACCGUCCAGAAUGCAGCAAAAUUUGAAUUCCGAACUGAUCUUGUCGAAGGAACAACUUUACGAUAUGUUUCAACAGAUACUGGGAGUUAAAAAAUUCGAACAUCAGCUAUUAUUCAACGCGUUGAUGCUCGAUUCGGCCGACGAGCAGGCUGCAGCUAUCAGGAGAGAGCUAGAUGGUAGAAUGCAAAGGGUCGCUGAGAUGGAAAAGAACCGAAAAUUAAUGCCGAAAUUCGUUCUGAAAGAAAUGGAGUCCCUUUACAUAGAAGAACUUAAAUCAUCAAUAAAUUUAUUAAUGGCAAAUUUAGAGUCGCUGCCCGUUUCGAAAGGAUCGAUGGAUUCUAAAUAUGGCUUACAAAAACUAAAACGCUAUAAUCACAGGUUGCAUAACCAUAAUAAUCCGUAUAAUGUGAAGCACAUAUUGAUGAAUUAUGUUACUUCUUUUAGAUCACAAGGGUCUUUAGCAAAACUAGAAGGGGACUCUGCGGACAGCGACACGCAGCUCACAAAACUUGACGUGGUUCUGACAUUCCAGUUAGAGGUAAUAGUGAUGGAAGUAAGGGGGUUAAAGUCUUUAGCUCCAAAUCGAAUUGUCUAUUGCACGAUGGAAGUUGAAAACGGGGAAAAAUUACAGACAGACCAGGCCGAAGCUAGCAAACCCAUGUGGGACACUCAAGGCGAUUUUUGCACAACACAUCCGUUGCCUAUUGUAAAAGUAAAAUUAUACACUGAAAACCCAGGAAUGUUAGCUCUCGAAGACAAAGAAUUGGGGAAGGUCAUUUUGAAACCCACACCUCUCUCCUCUAAGGCACCAGAAUGGCACAAAAUGACAGUACCUAAAAAUCUUCCCGACCAAGACCUCAGAAUAAAAAUAGCUUGUAGAAUGGACAAACCCCUAAACAUGAAACACUGUGGUUAUUUGUACGCUAUAGGGAAGAGCGUAUGGAAAAAGUGGAAGAAGAGGUAUUACGUUUUAGUUCAAGUGUCGCAAUAUACUUUCGCCAUGUGUAGCUAUAAAGAAAAGAAGUCAGAACCAUCGGAGAUGAUGCAGUUAGACGGUUAUACUGUGGACUACAUCGAGGCAUCAAGUGCAAACUUGAUGGUCGGAAUGGACCUGGAGGGCGGUAGGUACUUCUUUAACGCGGUUAAAGAAGGAGAUAGUAUCAUAUAUGCCAGUGACGACGAAAACGAGUGUCACUUGUGGGUAAUGGCGAUGUAUCGCGCUACCGGCCAAUCUCACAAACCCACACCUCCAUUGACCCUUCAAGAUAAAAACUCCACCAUAUCGAAGAUACAAGGAGACGCUGAUAGAGCUAGGAAACAUGGGAUGGAGGACUUCAUAUCGGCCGAUCCGUGCCAGUUUGAUCACGCUUCCUUGUUCAAACUUCUCCAGAAUUUAACGUUAGAGUAUAGGCUAAAUGAUCCCUAUUGCUCAUUGGGAUGGUUUAGCCCCGGGCAGGUCUUUGUGUUGGACGAAUAUUGCGCGAGAUACGGGGUUCGGGGAUGUUUUAGGCACUUGUGCUACUUGUCAGACCUGUUAGACAGGGCGGAGAGGAAUAUAAUGAUAGAUCCUACUUUAAUACAUUAUAGUUUUGCAUUUUGCGCUAGCCACGUACACGGAAACAGACCCGACGGAGUUGGGAGCGUUACGCACGAGGAAAAGGAGAAAUUCCAGGAAGUGAAAGAACGGCUACGGGUUUUAUUAGAAAAUCAAAUAACUAAUUUCAGGUAUUGUUUUCCUUUUGGUAGACCAGAAGGUGCUUUAAAAGCAACCCUUUCGUUAUUAGAAAGGGUUCUAAUGAAAGAUAUUGUUACACCAGUGCCUCCGGAAGAAGUCCGCGGAAUGAUAAAGAAAUGUUUAGAGACUGCGGCCUUAGUUAAUUACACUAGGUUAUCAUCAGAAGCAAAAAUCGAAGAAGAUUUAAGGGGUGAAACAAUGGUGUCUCCAAGUAAAAAACUGGACGACUUAAUACACUUAGCUGAGCUCUGCGUGGAUCUUCUACAACAAAACGAAGAACAUUACGCAGAGGCCUUUGCGUGGUUCAGUGACCUUUUGGUUGAACACGCUGAAAUAUUUUGGUCUUUGUUUGCUGUGGACAUGGACAGAGUUUUAGCAGAGCAACCAGCGGAUACCUGGGACUCAUUUCCAUUGUUUCAAAUCCUUAACGACUAUCUCAGGGCUGAUGAUAAUUUAAAAAAUGGUCGGUUUCACCAACAUCUUCGGGAUACGUUCGCGCCUUUGGUUGUCCGAUAUGUGGAUCUUAUGGAAUCUUCCAUCGCUCAGUCUAUUCACAAAGGUUUCGAGAAGGAAAGGUGGGAAAUCAAAGGGAAUGGUUGUGCGACUUCUGAGGACCUGUUUUGGAAGUUGGACGCUCUUCAGUCGUUCAUUCGAGACUUGCACUGGCCCGACGCAGAAUUCAGGCAACACUUGGAGCAACGCUUGAAACUCAUGGCUUGCGACAUGAUGGAGUCGUGCAUACAGAGGACGGAAUCGGCUUUCCAACAGUGGUUGAAGAAAUCAGUCACCUUUAUAUCUACUGAUUACAUUUUACCAUCAGAAAUGUGCGCCAUGGUCAACGUAAUCUUAGACGCCAAAAAUCAAUCGUUCAAAUUAUGUGCGGUUGACGGAAUUGAUUUGCAUCAAUACCAUACCAAGAUCGAUGAUAUGAUUGACAAAACCUUGGCCAACAUGAACCAAGGGAUGAUCAGUAAAUUGAUGUCUGUUUUAGAAGCCACUUUGUCGAAAUUAUCCAGAUACGACGAGGGAAGUCUCAUAGGGUCGAUUUUAAGUUUUACGAAUGUCUCUGGUUCUGGGAAGGACAUGGGUCAGGGAUAUGUGAAUUUCACACGCAACUGCAUGGACCAAAUACGAGGGAAAGUAACAGAUGAAUUAUGGAUUUUAAAUUUCUUUGAACAAUGGUAUACCGGUCAAAUCAAUAUGCUUUGCAACUGGUUAUCUGAACGGUUGGAUCACACUUUGCAUCCAUACCAAUGUACGUGCCUUGCUCAUAUUGUCAAGAAAAUUUACUCCGAUUUUGAACUCCAAGGAGUUAUGGAAGAUAAGUUGAAUUCAAAAGCUUAUCAGACAAUAGCUCAAAGAAUGCAAACGGAAGAAGCAACUUGUGCCCUGACUAUGGGACAGGCAGAAGGUGGUUUGGAAGGGAUAGACGAAGAUGGAGACAACAGAAGCAAAACAAAGGUAACAAUAAUGGAAUCUUUGGGUGGAGAAGAUGGAAACUUUGUGUCUAACGUCGGAACCAUGAUCGGAGGAAAAGUUGGGAAUAUCUUUGGAAAAGGUUUAGGAGGAAUAGGUUCCAAGUUAGGAGGAGGAACGAGUAGUUGGUUCUAAGUUUUCAAGUUUGCAUCUAGACUUUUGUUUUCUCAUAAUAUUUAUUUAAAAAAAAAAAAAAUGAAUUGGCCUGAUUAUGUGAUGGUCUUUUUAUACAGAAAUCAAGGUUAAGUUACCUACACUUAUUUUUAAUAUUGAUUGGUGAAGACAAAAGAGUUGCAUUAUUUUUUAUUAUUUCUCGGCUCUAUUCUUGCCAUUUAAAAUGUAAUAUGAUUUUUCAUCGUGGGUAUGUAAUGUAACUAUGUCCUCUUUCUGCUAUUCAAAAUAUGACCUGUGCUAGUAGCAGAAAUGAGGUGGUCCUUUUAAAAUGUUCAGUUCUCCGUUAGAAUCAGGUUUAGAAGAAAUAGUAUAUUAGUACAAUUAGAGCAACUCUUUUCUCUCUUGGAAAAUAAAAAUAUUUUUACACUACUCACAGAUAAAUAUUGGAUGCAGCUAGAAAUGAAUGCUUUAAGUUAUUUAUACCCCAACAUCGUCCACAUUACCUAUUAUAUUAAAUCUAAACACAAUAUUCCUACAAUAGCAAAACUUAGUAUUCUAAUAUGCUUAUUGCACUGGAUAAUUUAAAUAAUUAAAAUUUAAGUAUAUUCGGGAAUAAUUUUGAAGGAUGAAAUGAUAAAAGAACGAAUUAUAGAUUAUGGAUGCAUGUAUAAAUAAAAUAUAUUGUGUACAUUAUAAUUUUUUAUAGUAUAUUUAUUAUUAUUAAUAAAUAU